CGCUUCCUUGUCAAGAUGGCGGCUCCCUUGACUCUGCUGUUGAUUGUAGCCGUCACAAUUCGUGCGGCUCUGUUCAGAUCCAGCUUGGCGGAGCUGAUUGCAGAGAGGGUGGAGGUGGUGUCUCCGAUAACCGCCUGGAAGAGAGUGGUUGAAGGUUUGGCUCUGCUUGACUUGGGAGUUUCACCGUACUCUGGAGAUGUUUUCCAUGAGACUCCGCUCAUCAUUUACCUCUUCCACUUUUUGGUGGACUAUGCAGAGAUCACAUUUAUGUUGGCGGAUGUGAUCACUGCUGUGGCUCUCUACAUGGCAGUGAAGGAAUACAACAAACAAGUGUUCAGAAAGCAGAAGUUUGCCUUGGAGGCGGACCGCUAUCCUCUGGACUGUCUGGAGCUCAUCAGAAGCCCCAAAGAAAUGUACUACGUCCCCCUGAAAGUAGCCAUGUUUUACCUGUUGAACCCGUUCACCAUCUUGUCCUGUGUCGCCAAGUCAACCUGCGGCCUGAACAACACUGUCAUCGGCCUGUUCGUCUUCUCUACGAUAAAGGGAAACGUCCUGCUGAGUGCCAUAUUUCUGUGCCUGGCCACCUAUCAGUCCAUCUAUCCCCUGACUCUGUGCGCUCCAGCGAUGCUGUAUCUGAUGCAGCGUCAGUACAUCCCGGUGAAUAUUCGGCGAGCCAGCUUCUGGUGGUUCAUCGUGCAGUAUCUCUUCAUGUACCUCGGCAGCCUGUUUGUCCUCAUCUGUCUCUCGUUUUUCCUUCUCGGCUCCUGGGACUACAUGCCGUCCGUCUACGGCUUCAUUCUCUCCGUUCCAGACUUAACCCCGAACAUCGGCCUCUUCUGGUACUUCUUCGCCGAGAUGUUUGAACAUUUCCGCCUCUUCUUCCUCUGCGUCUUCCAGAUCAAUGUUUUCUUCUACACCAUCCCCCUGUCCAUCAAACUCAAGGAGCAUCCUGUGUUCCUGAUCUUCAUGCAGUUAGCUGUGAUCUCCAUCUUUAAGUCUUACCCCACAGUGGGAGACAUCGCGCUCUACAUGGCCUUCCUCCCUGUCUGGAGUCACCUACACAGAUUCUUGAGGAACAUUUUCCUGGUGUCCUGCGUCCUGCUGGCCUGCUCCGCUCUGUUCCCCGUCCUCUGGCACCUCUGGAUCUACGCCGGCAGCGCCAACUCCAACUUCUACUACGCCAUAACUCUGCUGUUCAACGUGGCGCAGAUCCUGCUCGUGUCGGAUUAUUUCUACGCCUUCUUGAGGAGGGAACACCACCUCACCUACGGACUGUAUCUGAAGAGGAAGGACGGCUCCGAGGCGACGCUCGUUCUGAAGUAAAACGCCCCCAUCCAGCCCCUGCAGGGAGGAGGAAACUGCUCGAGGGGACCUUUAUCCUCAGAGGGAACAAACGCAAAGUGAGGAGGAUGAAACACUCUCGGAUCCUCGGACCGAUCAAAAGCACACAUGCAGACAGUGUGCACGGUACAACGUCAUAUGCAAACAACAGAACUGCAACAAACUACAUGACUGACACAUGUGGGAUGUAGACACGUGGCUCCGUCCCAUCUGGAGUGCUCUUAUUUUGAAGCCUCACUCCACCUGGAACCUACCUGUGAGAGUGGCUUUGAUUUUGAAGAUUUCUUCCUCCUAUCAGCCACCCUGGAUUGAUUUUAUUUUGUUUAUCCUGCAGUUCCUGCUUUUGUUAUGAAGAACCAACUCCAGCGCAGAAGAAAACUGGGGUGGGCUUUUAUUUUGAAGCCUUGCGUAAACACCAAAAACAGUUCCGAAAAUGUGGGAGUCUGCUGCUGAUUUGGUAUUUCCUGAUACCCCCGCUUGUCCACACAUCCCAUUUUGUGUUGUUUUAUGUUUACCUGCUAACAUUUGUGUUAACACUGGUCUGAUUCGUGGUGGGAAAAGCAAGAAGAAGACCUGGACGUUUUCUCUUUCUCACUGCUUUCUAUUUUCUUUCUAAUUUGCAAGUCCCACAUUAUCAGUGUUGCAUCUCACAUUAAGUAGAAACCAGUCAGACCUCAUACCUGGUACAAAUGUAACACUACCAGAGAUUGUGAUCUUUUCAGCUGCCUAGAAACUGAAGUCACCAAAACAUGAGAUACUCAUCUUAAUAACUAACAAAUCUUACUGCUUAACAGAGAGGAGAGCAAAGAUAACGGUGAAUGUGUUUUAACAACUGUAGUGCUCAAGUUCAGUAUCUGUGGAGAGCAGAAGCAGAUAAAUAUUACCAUUAUUAUUAUUAACGGCCAAAUUAAAGUUGCCCUGCAGGGAUGAAGUCCCAUUUAGUCCCAUAAAAUCCACCAAAAAUUAUUAGUAAUGAUGAAAGUUUUAUAGUUUCCUCUAUUUAUUGCAUGUAAUCAAUGAAUUCUUGGUUAAAUCUACAUCAUUUUUACAUUUAUAAUGAAUCAUUCUCAUUGCACGCGCCUUGAGGGGGUAUUUUAUGACAUGAGGCGAAGCAACAACUGAAAGACUCGGACUAGUUUCGAAUUUUUAGGUAAUAUUCGCCCUCUUGGUGAGAAUGAAACUCUGAUGUCUGUGUGGUAAAUAUAACGCUACAGCCAGGAGAUUAGCUUAGCAUACAGGCUGGAAACGCAGCCAAGAAACAGUCACGCGCAAAACCAUUAAUACACAAACGCAUCUGUGUGGAUUAAACCAAUUAGUUCCAAUGUGUUUAUGCUGAUUUUUAGAGGAGCUGGUAGGUAGAUUGAAGUCUGUUUGCCCCUGUUUCCUGACUUUAUGCUAAGCUAAGCUAACCAUCUCCUUAACAGUCACCGCAUAGAUAACUUUCCAACACAAAGAAAGUUUGUGUUUCUCAACUUCAAAGCUUAUUAGACUCUCAGCGUGUCCAAAAUCCACUCUGCACACUAAUUCUGAAAUGUUUACUCCAUGCUAACAUCAUAAUGUGCUGUUUUAGCUGUAAGCGUAUAAAAAUGAACACGUUUUUAAAUUUUAUACUAACUAAUUCAACACGUGCAGACCUUUUCCACGUGGAAAAGGUUUGAAAGCAGUGGUGUAAUUAACAAAAGUUCCAUGAAGUGUCCCGGUCAGCCAUAACUGUGAACCAGCGUAAACAGAAGCAGGACGCCGGUGCUCUCCCUGCCGAGACGAAUCAAGUCAUCUGCCCUACAUAAACGGUUGCAGCAACACAGCUACAUUAUCAUUCAUUUGGAGUCGUGAUCGUGCCGACCCAGUUUUUCCUCCAACGUUUGCUCCCUUUUAGCUCCAUUUUUGGUCUCCACCAGUUGCUAAAUCCUCCACUCUGUGCACUGGUUGGUGAAACGAGCUGCUGAAAGAGACACAGAGGGUGAAAUAGAACAGUGACGUUGUAGCUGAACAUCUGAACAAUGAGCUGAAUCGCACGAUAACCGAGAGGAGCUGACAGAUCUCUGAAGAUUUAUCCCUCCAAGCAAACUUUCACAUUGUUGCCUCGUACGCUGGUAUUGCAAACGAUUAUAAGGGAAAGCAAAAUAUCUUUCCUCACUGAUAAUUUGUUUUGUUCUCAAAUGUCUAUAUAUGUCCAGUAGCAGCAAGAUUCAACCACACCGACUCGAAAUACAUUCAAUAUUUCCAGUGUGAACUCACUACACUCGAACAUCAACUGUUAGACUAACUGUAUCCUAAUUUGGUUAUUGAUUGAGCAGGGGGGGUUUUUAAAACAGGAAAAGUCAAGAUUCUGUGAUUUCAGCCUCUUAAAUUUGAAUGUUUUCUUGUUCCUUUA